GAGAGAAGAAGGUGUUUUAGCUAAGUAUUCAUUCGUUAAGUGUCGAAUAACAAUCUAGUCGUAAACAAUACUCAGUUACAAAAUUCAUGUCUGUGUGACCCGUGCAUUUUUAUGGAGAUUACUAUGACGAAUACUUUUUAGAAAAAUGUGAUGCCAAAUUGCCAAAGAUGAGAUGGAGUCUCCCGAGCAAUCACAAUCCCGUUGAGCGUAGUAUCAACUUAAGUUAAUCAGCGGUAUGUAACCUCACCACAGCAAAAUGAUUCUCCUGUGCCUUGUAUUCGGAAACGACCGAACUUUGAUGCAAAAAUGUUGGCCAAUGAUGUGGUUAGCAUUUAAGAUCAUGUGUAAUUCUACAAUACGAGAUUUAUGACAAUCUUCAGUUUUCGAGAAUUCAUGGACUUAAAUAAAGCGGACUAAUAUGGCGGACAACCUCCUUGAGCCGCCGAACAAACGAGCGAAAUUGACUGAAAAUGCGGUGCCGGAUAACUCAGAUUUUACCUUUGGUAAACUCUGGGAUCUGGAAAAUGAAUUGCCUGAAGAGUUGAUGGUGGGUACUCCAGGCCUCGAAGCCUCCGACCUGCCGCAGCAACAACCAAAUAAUCAAACAAAUAAUACUCAACAAAAUUUACUCAAUGGAACUGGUGAAAGCAUUUCAGGUGAAAAUAAUGCUUCUACUCAAAGGCAUCAACAGUUGUCCCAACUGUUGCAAACGAAGCCACCUGCUUCACACAGUACUGUACCAACGUCUCAGCGGAUUCCGAGUCCAAAUGUAUCUUUGGCAAAUAUCACAGGGGUGAAAAGUCCUCAUGCAAAUAAUAUGACCCCUCCUAAUGCCACUGUAAAUAAAACUGGUACUCCUGUUUCAUCAACAGUUCAACACAUUAACGCUACUGAUGGUAGCAUAGCAAUUACGAACAUCUCUAAUAGUAUGAUAAAUAGUUUAAACAAUACAUCUGGAACUAUGGGUAUGAACAAUAAUAUGUUGCUAAUGCAGAGUAAAGCAUCUCAAAAUGUAGUUUCACUUUCAACUUCAGUUGCUAAUACCAUACAGCAUCAAGCGCCGUUAACUGUAGUCCAGCCUACAGUUAAUCAACCUACUGCAUCACUCAUCAAUGGUAAUCAUAUGGCUCUUGCAAACACGAACUCUCUAAACAUAACACGAGGAGUUAAUCCGAAUGUUUCAUCUGCAAUGACUCACAGUACUGUCAUGGCCCCAAAUUCGCCUCAUCAAAAUAUAUUGGGGCACCUAUCAUUGAAUAAUCAAGGUGCUAAUAUAAAGAACCCUGGUGCGGCUCAGUUAGGACAAGCAAACAACAGUCCCUUUCAUGUCUACAAUGCUGUGUCAGCACCUCAAAUAGGACAUCCUACAUCAAUAUCUUCCAUUAGUGUAAGGCAGUCACAAGCUAUAACUAGUAUUGCAAUGAGCAUGCCUCCCAGAUACUCAACUCCAGUAGACUCCAAUUUAGCAAAUAGCAUAAGCCGUGAGAAACGUUACAGGUUCACCGGCGCACAUCGAAUGAACAUUCUAGAACGGCAACGUACUGAGACUGUUGCCGACAUUCUUUGAUUCUUAUUUUAAAACUGAAGUGUCCGAAGACUCAUGUAGUUCAGACUAACCAAGUCUGUUUGCUGCAUUUUAACAUUUCAAGUUGAACUGUAAACAACUCUAUUAAUAAUGCUGCUAACCCCCUAUUGUAUAUUCUUUCUCCCAAAAGAUCAUUUUCCUCGAGUGAUGAUUUUUUCUGAAGAUUUGAAUGUUAUUCAUCGAUUUUAAAAUGUUACAGUGUGAAGUUUGUGUUGUCAGCUGUUUAAAUCAUUCAAUGUAUAGUUAUUACCCGUUUCCAUGGAC